AUGAAAGGUCAUCUGGCUGAAAGAAAGGCACUACUGCUUAGUGUGUCGGGGAACCAGUCUCGUCCAGCAGUCGUCAUCUGUAGUCACUGGGUUCCAGGCCCGAGGAUCGGGUGGAAUUUCAUCACACCAAUACCUACCAACAAACCGCGCCGAGAUUUCUCAACGGCCCACAGACGCAAAGAACACGCAGAGGCUAAAGUGGCCUGUCUCUCCAAACUCGUCGUGCCUGGAGUGCCUGUUCAAGGGUCCAACUCCACCAUCCGUCUCUUCACUAGCGGGUGGCAGGGCACGAGGGCCCCGUUAUGUGGGUGCUCGACCUGGGCCAGCCGAAAAGCUAUCGAUUCGACCUCUUUUUUUUUUUUUUUCCCCUGGGACUUUUUCGCAGUCCUGACCUGGGUCCUCAAAGAUUCCCCUCUUUUCUUUAGAGGGUCAAAGCCAGCCACUAUGGGAUUACCUGCAGAUUGGGGCUUUUGGGCAUCUUCACCGCAACUAACUUCGAGGGGAACCCGGGCGGGACAUGGCGAGAGCUCCAAUCCGAUCAGAUGCCCGUCGCGGUCAGGACCCGUUGCGAUACCACGUACAGACGAUGAAGACUCCUAA